UAAAACCACCCCAUCUCUACCCUACUUAACAUGUUCUAUCCCCGUGGUGUGAUCUGAAUAGUUAAAUAAAAUAGAAUUAUUAUAUAACUUGAUCAUUUUUGUAAUCUUCUUGUUCACUGAUUUAUCAGAGAGCAAGAAACUUAAAAGCAUUUAAAGAAUGCGCUUUCGUGGCUCUUCAGAUGGAGGAAGUGUUUCUCUAUUAAACAGCGGAUCGAGUUGACACACUGCCAGGAUUGGAUUCCAAGUUAAACAGCCCUUUAUCUUCGGUGGCAUAAAGAGCAUGGUGUUCUAUAUUCCUGGUAGAUUAUGUUAGUAAACAAAAGUCACGUGCGGUGCUGGCGGGCUAUUUUUAACCUUUUCAAAUCGGAACUGGACCGAAAUACGCAGUUGGCAGCACUAGCAGACUCAUUUCUGGCAGACAUAUCGUUGACAUGGCAACGAACUGUUCACAUCUGUUAUAUUUUGGUGGGGGAAGUUGGGAGGCAGGAGGGCACUUCUCUUGUACAUUGAACCAUGUGUUUUACAGAGAGAUCGUGUUACACGGUAGCUAUGUUUUCGCUCUCUGACUCUGUGUGUGUCUCUCUCUCUCUACGUUUGCAGGGUGAGUUAUGCCAGCCUGCUUCAUGACGUCAACACAUCGCGAGAUUACCGUCGAGAGGCUCGUCGGCACGGUAAUGGCGACAGCGCCCUCUAUCGCCCAGCCAGCAUGUCCCGCCUGUCCGGACGUCGUCGCCCAGAAGGCGAUUCUCGAGCAGCUCUUUGACCGCAAGUUCGUGGAGGGCGAGUACUGGUACGUGUUGCUGGCGGAGUGGAUCGAGCACCUCAAGAAGUACCUGGGCAUCUCGAGCACGAGGAAGUACUACCAGAAGCGCGUCUCGUCCCCGCCGGGGCCCAUCGUAACGCGGCGCGACUACGCGCACACGGUGGACGCGGUGCACGAGGACGCGUGGCGCAUGCUCGUGCAGUGGUACGGUCUGGCGGAGGGACACAAGCCCAUGAAGCUGAUCGUCUACAGCUACUCGCGAGCCGCCGAGAUCGAGCACAACCUCAACUCGUUCAAAGUGAUGCUGACCACGUCCCCGCUGGAGGACUUCCACAACGUCAGAUUCAGCAAGAUGGAGAAGGUGGGCCACGUGGAGGCCAAGAUCCGAGACCUGUACCGCAUCCCCAAGAGCCACGCGUCCAGACUGUGGGCCAAGGCGGACGUCGACAGCGACUGGAAGCCACUCUUCUGCAGGGACAAGUCGAUCGGAAAGUGUCUCGAGAUCGACUCCGACUUCACGCGACCCAUCUGCGCCCUGGAGGUCAACGACGGCGACGGCGUUUGGAGCCACAGCCCCGAACACGUCGAGGCCAACUACGACUUCCCCGUGGGCCCCCUCUACGAGCACAACCUGUUCGAGGACGUGACGUGUGCGUGGGAGGUGGACAUCCACGAGCAGAUCGAGCAGAUCGGAAAGGUGUUUCUCGAGAAGCUGCACGCCAAUUUCAGCGGCUUCGUGAUGCGAGCUCGGGAGUACGUCGACGACCGGGAGAACCACGUGCGUGAACGGGAGCGGGAAAUCUGCGACAGAGAGACGGUCACGGACAGGCUCAACGUCAGACUGCAAGAGAAGGAGCGACAUUUGAAUAACGAAAUUGUCAAGUGCGAGCAGACGAUAUCCGAGUACGAGAGCAGACGACUGGAGCUGGAGAAGCAGUACAGCGAGCAGAUAGAGACGGCGGAAAGGACGCUCAGACAGAGACAGGACGAGUUCGACAGAGACAAGACGGAGCUAUGCAAGGAGAGGGAGAGAUUUGACGCAGAAAUCAAGAAAAUGUCAGAAAUCUACCGCAUCCAAGACAGCCGCAUCAAGCUGGAUAUUGGCGGCCACCAGUUUACCACGUCAGUACUGACACUUACGAAAGACCCUCUCUCCAUGCUCGCCGCCAUGUUCAGCGGGCGUCACGAACUGAAACGAGAACCGGAUGGGAGUUAUUUUAUAGACAGAGACGGCACGCACUUCCGGUACAUUCUGAACUAUUUGCGAGACGGGUGCAUCAAGGAAGGUGUUCUCCCGCAGAGUGAGAGUGUGUGGCGAGAGUUGCUCACGGAGGCCGAGUUCUACCAGCUGGGUGGACUGGUCGAGUACCUGACGUCUCUCGUCUAUGAGAAGUCGUACACUAAGGAAGGAGACACGUUUGUUUAACUUUCAGGACAUGUAUUAAGGAAGUAGACACAUGUGAAAGAACAUACACUGGAAAGAUCGUCUGCUGCUUUUCGGAACGAGUAACCUGUGCGGCGAUAACGGAGUCUCCCCCCCCCCCCCUCCCUCCCUCCCUCUCUCUCUCUCUCUCUCUCUCUCUCUCUCUCUCUCUCUCUCUCUCUCUCUCUCUGUCUGUCUGUCUAUAUCUCUCUCCCUCCCUCCCACUCUCUCUCUCUCUCUCUCUCUCUCUCUCUCUCUCUCUCUCUCAGGUACCCCACUCUCUAUCUCAUUCUUUCUUUCUAUUUCUCUCUAUUUCUAGAGGGCACUCUAAUACCCGACAUUUCGAAUUUCCAGAGCUCUAGUUACUAAUAACUCGUUACCAGAAAGGGUGCUAAAAUUAAUAAUAACUCAGGGCGCAAAAAUUAAUAAUAACUCUAUUAUGAAAGGCUCCCUGCGUUCAGCCAGAACGAGCGAUGCUAACGUUCGCGAACUGUUUAACUGGUAACACGAAGCGCAUAAACCAGUCUAGUGAACGUUUUUUUGCUUGGUCUGGCUGAAUUCGGUCUAGGUGCUAAAAUAGCGGACAGUUUAGUUUGCUCACGGUGUUAUUAAUAUAGUUGAGUGAUGACUCAAUGUAGCGUGAGGUAAAAUCAUAUUUAACUGUUGGGCAAUACUUCGGUGACUCAUCUUUCAUGUUCAGGCAAUUUUUAAAAUUUCUUAUAUCAGUAUUUUGGUAAUUUUUAUCUCCAGGCAAUACAUCAGAUUGUCUUGAGUGGUCUUUAAUGACUAUUUAAUUUAAUGUCACUGGCGUUUUCUAAAUACGAUAUUUGACGGAUUAAAAAUGCAAAGUCAGUCAAGGCGGAAUUGUCAUGUUUCGUUAGUCAUAAUAAUGGGAGGGAUUUGUUUGUUUUAUUGUUUUGUUUUGUUUUUUAUUGCUGAGUUAAUAUUUAUUCCAUCCACCAUUUUAAAUACGAGCAUGCAUAUUGUGACUCAGGGCCUUGUUCGUUCAUGUCGGUCAAGAAUGAAGACUUAAACCCAAAAUGUGGACACAAAAUGCACCGACAUUUCGAAUAGCUCUACUGUGUUAGGCCCAAAACCUAGCCAGUUCUGAAUCUGGAUCUGGCGAGUAGGUCUAUGGUACAAGUCAAAAAAUAAACGCAUUGAAUUGAA